AGCAAGCACAUCAUUGACAUCGGCCGUAUUGCAGAAUGGACGCAGAAUUAUCACACAUGAGUAGCGCGGAAAUGGCGCAGUCUAUACAGUCUGCGCAACUCGAAUUGGUCUACGAACGUGCCCUGCGAGAAGCCGAACGUAUCUACGAAGAAGAGCGCGUUCGAGCAUUGCGCGUGCAACUUCUCCUUUCCGAAUAUGACAACGAUGAACUUCACGAGCAAGCCGAACGCCAUGGAGACGAAAGAGAGUUUCUUGAAGAGACGAACGAAGAACUACGAGCGCAUCUUGCCGAUGUCCAAGUGGAGCUGGUACAGACACAGGUAGAAUUGAAAGCGCGUCUACGAGACCUGGAUCAUCUGAAAACGGAAGUCAAGGCUCUCAACUUUGCGAGCGCUGAAGCGACCAAGAUACUUUCCGAGAAGCUGGCACUUGCAAGAGAGUUGAACACAUUGAAGCCCGAGCUGGAACACCUCAAAUCCCAAGCCUCCACCCAACAGAAACUGCUUGGAGAAAAGUUGGCGUUGCAACGAGAAUUGAGUUCCAUACAAGUCGAACUGGAGACGGAGAAGAGAGCUGUGCAACGCAUCAAGUCACAGGAGAAAUCUGCUGCUCGGGAAGAUUCUACAUUGGCAGCGGAAAUUGACGAUCUGAAGAAGGAGCUGACCAAGGCGCAACGCGACGCUCAGAAAGUUGAGCGGGAGAACAGGAAGAAGACGAUGGAGUGGGAAAGCGAGAAAGAAAUUCUUGAAGGCAAGCUGGAUGCUUUCAGAAACAAGCUGCGUACUACUAAGGAUCAGCUUAAGGAGGCUCAAGACGAGAUGGAAAGAUUACAGGCUGAGAAGAUGGCACAAUCUGCUGAGAUGACAAGAGCGAGGGUCGCUGGGGCUUCGACGAAUCCUAGGAAGAGGAAUGUUGCACGAUUCGAUCCUGACAUGACAAUUGGCACACCUGGACAUGGUGCACCUGCAGCAAAGAAGCAACGUGCUUCGGUCAACGUUGGCGAUAAAUCAAACUUUUCUAUCACACCCUUCCUCAACCGCACUUUGAGCAUCUUACCAGAGACACCGGAAUCAGAAGGGCAGGACGAGGAUCCCGAGCAGGAGAAGCAACCAAAGACAAAAACUGCUCCUGGAACGAUAGGUGCCGCUACCAAGGCGAGGACAACAAAGCCGAAGGCAGACAAGGCAGCUGCAGCUAAACAUUUGGCUGUUUCGGCCGCCAGAUCCAAGACAUUAGGUGCACUUAAGGAAACCACAAGCUCUAAAGCCAAUACUACGAUCAAGAAGCCACAACUAGACAAACUCGUCGAAGAGGAUUCGGAUGCGGAGAGCAACACAGGCGAGCCCGGAGUCAUCGCUGACGAUGUCGCUGACAAGGAAAAUGCCGAGAACUCUGGAGCAACUCAGACGACGAAUCAGGACACAGCAGAGCCUGGCAAAAGACCCAAAGCGCUGAAGAAGCGGACGAAUAUCUUCGACGAGGAGGACAGUGCACUGGCGACCAAGAUUAGAGACCUUGGACGAGGAGCUACUGGUAAUACCAGCAUUUUUGGACGGAUCAACCUCAAGGCAAAUCCAGUUGGUAAGCCGAAGACGUUGGCUGAGUUCUCGCCGCUUAAGAGGGAUCGAAGGGCUGCGAGCGUCAUCGAAUAAUUCUUGCAUGCCUUUACAUGUUUAGAUGUUUAGAUAUCGGUGUCAAUAUUUCGCUAUUGAUCGAAUAUGAGAACAACGCGGAUGAUGACCAUUUUCGUUCGCGUUCUUC